AUGAAAAUUGUACUGGUGGGACUAUUGAUGAGUGAAGUGCAAACAUAUCAACUUACGUGCAGAUACUUUCCGCCCAUGUGCAUUCUUAAGGAUUGGAACCCAGCCGUACAAGGGUUCCGGGUGUUAAACAGUGUACCAACUGGAACACGCUCGCUCAGCAUUUCAAAUCUGCUAAGCUUUACGAUUGACGAAGAGUUUAUGCUGGCGCUUGGACGUUCAUUUCAUGACAUUACGGUAGAACAGUCCAACUAUCUUCAAUCGGUGAUAAUACCCCAUAACUCCAGCAUUGAAAAAAUCUGCAUAGAAGCUUCACAACUUAGCAGCCUGUAUUUUGAAGAAAACGACGCACUACAAUCCUUGACCAUCAUUGGCAGCAUCUUGAAUGGCGUGCCGCUUUCGGUGAAAAACUUGACCAAUUUACACGAGUUUAUCAUCCGUGGUGCUAACAUACUGAAGAUCGAUUUAAGUUUGUUUUAUUCAAUGCAACUAUUGCGCGAAUUAAAACUCGAUUCGAACGGGUUCAACUGCUUAACUAUUCCUUUUUUCCCCUCCAUUAGCUCAGGCGUAAGAACACUUACGUUGCAACGCAACGAUUUCGCCACAGUUCACUUUGAUCUGUUCGCACCGUUUCGAAUGUUGGAGCUGCUGGAUGUUUCGUGGAACAAGCUUACCGCCAUAACGGGAUGCUUUUCAAACACUCUGCUUAAAACCUUAAAACUGAACCGGAACUAUCUAACCUCGGUGACGUUCUGUGGAUGGAAGCAAUUGAGUAACUUCCGUUGGCUAAUGGUCAGUAAUAAUCAGUUGCAGCACGUUCCGAGCUGUCUCACUACCUUUCCAAACAUGACGUCGAUCACUUUGGAUAACAAUAGCAUACGCCAUGUCGAAAUGCGAGACUUUGUUGGAUUAAACAAGCUUGAAAACGUUGAUUUGGGAGAAAAUAAAUUACUCUCGUUAACGUUUGGUAAUGAUGUGGUUCUGCCAAAAUUAAAAAGGUUACGGUUGUACAAUAGUUGCAUAUGUGAAGUGAACACUUCGGACAUCAAUAUGGAGAGGAUGCCAAUGCUAAAGGUUCAUUUUAUCGUGGUUAAGGAAAAUCAAUAUCUAUGCGAUCUGAAAAACUGGAAUCCAGUUGUGGAAGGCUUCUUUGUGCUUGAUCACGUUCCAAAGGUAGUCAAAACGCUGAAACUCACUAAUCUCGAGACCGAAUCGAUCGAUGGCGAAUUCUUGUACGAAAUUGGGCAAACGUUGCAAGGAAUUCUGGUGGAAAACUCGAACACCGUCAAAACGUUGCUCGUGCCACAGAACUCCAGUGUGCAACAGAUCCGGAUCUCUGGCUCGAAGAUCAAUUCAAUGGAGUUCGAACCAAACGCGAUCCUGGACACGUUGAUAGUUGACAGAAGUCAGGUAGAUCUGAUUCCUCCGGCUUUAACAAAUUUGAGCAAAUUACGAAGGCUUUUCCUCGUGAAUGGUCAAAUUGCGUAUCUCGACUUGAGCACCUUUUAUAGAAUGCGCAAUCUGGUCGAACUAAACUUGCUCGAAAAUCACAUCAAACUAUUGAACAGCUCCGUCGCUUCAACGGGCACCAGCUACAAGACGACGAUUGAACUGACGAACAACAUGAUCAUGUAUGCCGAUAUGAAUGAUUUCGUUGGUAUGAACAACCUGCGUGAGAUUGAUUUGAGGGGUAACAAGAUGAUAACGUUAGAAUUUGGUAGUGAUGUAAUGUUUCCCGUUUUGUACAACCUACGUUUGCAAGACAAUUGCAUGUCAUCCGGGCAGCGGGUUAUGGAUUGUAGCAUUGUAGGUUAA